CAUUAAAGCGCGGGAAGUGAUUCAAAAACCAAGAUGGCCGGUGAAAGAAAUCAAUGGUGGCCUUGUAAACUGAAAUAUUUAGAGGCAAAUUACGAGCGAUGUAAGUUGAAAGUUCGUCAAGAUUCAUUAUAUUGUAAACUGUUUAUUCUCGAGUAUCAAAAUCGCUUGGAAGAAGAGAAAAGAAUUACUUUGAAAUAUGAAAAAAAUGCCGUUUGUCAACGACUACAACAAGCCGAGGUGAGUCAGUUAAACUAUAAUUAUUGUUUACAAAUAUGACGGGUGUAAUUUGCAGAAUGUCCGAAAGGGUUGUGGUUAGGUUCGCGUUCUGCAUUCUGAAAAUUUCACUCGCCGUUUACAGAUACAUGGUUGAAUACUUGAAUUUGAAUAUUAUUGAUUGUGUUUAUUUUAUUUUCUUACAGUCAGAAAUGAAUGCACGUUUCACUUUGACUCGCUAGAUAAUAGUUUACAUAUAUUAUAUAUUGCUAUGAGACAAAAUCAUUGUAAAAUGUCUUUAAUUUCUUCAUAUAUCCCCCUAGUAUUGAUGACAUACACUGUAUGUAGAAAGAUUUACUGUCCUUGAUUAAUCACUGAAUGCAUACUUUAAUCAAAACAUUUAAACAUGAUAUCCAAUACCCAAUUACUAUUUAUUCAUUCCAGAAAACAUCCAUACCACCCCCACAGAGGAAAUAGGAAGAUAACCCCCCUACCUCCUUUGGAUGUCCUAAUACAUUUACUAUUAUCAGAAACAAUUUUUUCUCCCCUCCCCCUCCGGACGGCAGAAAUUUCCUCCGUGGGGGCAGGGUUUUUUUCAGGGCUUUUUUAGGGCUGUUAAACUCAACUCAAUCUUGAAUUGAGUUUUGAAACUCAAUCUUCUCACCAAAGUUUCAGUGCAGUAAAAAUGAAGUUGUUUGAGUUAAAUUUGUGACGUGUGGAAAUUAGUUUUCAGUUGGAAACCCGACAAUUAAAAAAAAAUGACUGGAAUUCAUCUCACAACACAAGAAAAACUAUGCAUUUGCCAUCUUUGGGAGGUGCAGCCAUCCCAGCUGUUCAGCUAAACUCAAUCUUCUCUGCAAAAACGGACCCAAGAGAAAAUCCUGAAAAAAAACCCUGGGGGGGGGGGGAGUAUGGAUCUUUUCUGGAACGAUCCAUUUCCAUCGGAUCAUCACAUUAACUUCAAUCAUGGGAACCCAACCUAGUCAUGAUUCUAGCCCAACUGAUGACAUAUAUUUACAGUAUAUGUCACUUAAUUCUGUGGUAUGAGACAUUGAGGUAGCUUAUGUCUUGUAUCAUCUAAAUUUGCUGUAAAUCAGUUCUCUUGACCUUGUCCAGCAAAAACAUCUGGAACUUACAAAUGAGAAGGAAUUGGUGGCCAAGAAGGCGGUUGGAGAUUUCACCAAUGUGGAAGGUGAAUGGAAGGCCAAAACAGACAAACUAAUCAAGGAAAUUGAGUCUUUACAGGUAUAGAAAAUAUCAUUGAAUACUUUGCCUUAAUUUUGCAGUUGUCAGUUUAGUAAAAACAGUUCACAAUAUACAUGUAUAUACUGUUUGAACAUAGUGUAUAUCUUACUAGGAAGAAAGAGAAAAUGAAAUAAAAUCUAAAGAUGACUAUAUCCUUGAACUAACUAAGGAACUACAAGUUUUGAAAAAGCUGUCUCAAUCAAAGGUCUGUUCUGUUUUUACUUUCUAGUGUCUAAUUGAGUUGUGUGAAGUUCACUUAUCUCCUAAAGUGUCAGAUGUGUAAUCCUCACUUAAAAUUGUGCAAUGUGUUGUAGUGAAUUAAUGAAAUAUUUACAUUGAAAGGAGAGAAUGAAAUAUUUAAAUAAAAUUAUAUAUUAUGAUAUAUUGAAUAAAAUAUUUAAAUGCCCUAUGUACUUCUGAGAACCAAUGAGUAAUAAAGUUUAUUGGUGAGCAUUUUUGUGCAGCAAAAAUUCCAGCUGCUGAUAAUUUCAUGAAUUGUCAGUUGUGUUUUUUAUGAUAUGAAAUGAGUUAUGCCAAAGACAGAGGCUCAUAUUUUUUUCCUGAUGAACAGUGUAUAAACUAUGUUGUCAUUUUUGUAACCAAAGAGAGACGAAGUCAAUUAUAAUUUUGACAGAACUAUAGCCAAUAUUCUUGAAAGACAAAAGGCAUAGUGCAUGAAUUGAAUGAAUGAAUGAUGUAGCAGUGCUAAAUUUCAUGAUCUCUUGCACUGUCAAUGAGACAAUCAGUGGAGAAAACAACAGAAUGAUCAUGUCAGAGAAGCCUGCAUGAUAGCUGUUUACAGAGAAACAAUAUUCAUGAAUCUCUGCAAGGCCAGACAAAGCCUCUAUUAACCAUGGUACAUGCAAACCAUUUUUGAAUCUGUGAAGCCCAAUAUUUUUUUUAAUAAUACAAAGAGUAUCACAAUGAUUCAGAACAUCGAUCGUGAUGAAUGUAUAAAAGACUGUUUUUUGGCAGCUUAUUUUGAUGACUGAUUAAUUUGGUAUAGGAGCCCCAUGCAGCAGGAAAUACUGAAGAGCAGCCGGGUAAUAAAAGAAAAUUGGUUAAGACUAAAGGAACUCAAGAAUUGCGUAAACAGAACUGCCAAAAUAGUACUACAUCGAAUAGUAUUGAAGCUCAAUAUCCCGAUGACAUUGUUCCUGAAGAAACAAAAACAGUUUCUGAGAAUAGGAAAGGAAACUGUGACGUUGGGAGUUCUAAUCUGGUAUCAGAUAAUAUCGAGAAAUCUGAGACGUCAGAUGGAGAGAAAUUGUUGGAAAGUGAAAUUGGUUCUGUUUUGGAAGUCACAGAAGAGAUGUUAAAAAGUUGUAGAAGACGUUCAGUUUUGAAAAAAAAGAAACCCGACGUUUGUGGUCUUGAAGAUAACAAUUAUGAGUGGAGCGAUUGUACCAACAAGGACACAACACGGAGGAAAAGAAGAGUUACUUUCAAUGGCGAGUUGGAGUUUAAGUUACCUGAUGGGAGUAAAGAAAUCGCGGAGUUGGUGAACGAUGAUUCUAGUGAGCAAUUAGAAUCACAUGAUGGGCAGAAUGGAAGGGAAGAUGACUUAGAAGUGUUUGAUGAUAUUCUUUCACGUGAAACGCACGUUCGUGGAGAAGGACUGGAUACUGGAUGUAAUGCAUUGGAAAAGGGGAGUAAAAUGGCUGGAAUGAAAACAUGGAAUUUGGAAGGAGAGGAUCGAAAAGAUAAUAAAUUGAAGAAUGAGAUGGAAUCUUGUGAAGUUCGUGAAGGUGAAGAAUCUUUGGAGAAUGUAGAUACUCGAAUGAACGAUGGUUUGGAUAAAAACCCGGAUGAAAGAAAGCGAAAGACAGACUUGAGAAAGAAAAGCAAAAAGAAGGAAGGAAAUAAAAUUGUUGUUCAACAGGAAAGUGUAAAAAAGAAUCAAAGAGUGGCAGUUGAUACUGAGAUUGAUGGAGAAAAUGAUAAGAAUAGUGGAGAUAAAGAAAAAGAUAAAAUAGAAAAGAUAAAAGGUGGUGAAAACAGAAGAAUUUCUGUGGAGACAGAUAUUUUGUUAUCCGCCGAUCGUCAGUGUCAGGACGUAAAGUUAAAGUCUGGCCAUGAAAAUACUGUUGAGACUACCAAGACCCCCAAAACUGAAAAUAAAGUGGAGUCUGAGAAAAGUAAUUCUAAUGAGGCAGCAAAUGCUCAACUUGGAGGGACUGGAGGACGCGAGGUAAACUACGGACCAAGAAGAGGGCUGAGACGAGAAGCUAGUGGUGCUAAAAAACCAUCUAAAAGAUUACUGGAUGUAUUUGGCAAUGAAGUUGAUGGUAACGAAGAACCUCAGAACAGUCAGAGUAAGGAGAAAUCACGAAGAAAUAGAAGGGAAAGUAAGACGAAAACGUCCAACGCAGUCGCAAGAAAUAAAUUAGUUGAUAUUCCAAUUUCAAAUGAAACUUUUGAAAAAGAAGAUCUUGAAAAACAACGAGAUGAGAGUCUGAAAGAUGAAGCAGCGUUCGAGAAUGGAGAUGCAAGUGACAACGAAAAUAAAUCACGAACGAGAAAGACACGAACUAAAAAAGCAUCAGGAAAAACGAUGAAGACUAGAAAAUAUGCGGCUAAGAUUGAAAAUGAAGUGGAAGGAACUUCAAGAAAACGCCGUGGCAAAAGAGGACGGGAGGAAACUACCAAAGAAACGAGAGAGUCGUUGUUGGCAAUUGAAAAUGAAGAAGAAAGUAAAAAUAAAGAAAUGGAAGAGCACGGUAGAAAGAGUAGUGAAGAAGAGAACUGUUCACCAAAACAGUUGUCCCCACUCCCAGGUGAAGUUGAAUCUUCUGCAGAUUCGAAGCGUGUAGAAGUUGCAGAUGACGCUGAAGAAGAACAAAAGAUAGUCGAUAAAAUAUGUGGAGAAGAAGUUAAGGAUGACGUUAAACAAGCGCAAAAUAUGGGGGAUGAAAAGUACGGUAAAGAAGAGGACGGACUCUUGAUUGAGAAGAAAAAUGCUGUAAGAAGACGAAGUCGAAGGAAGACCCAAGAGAAAAUAAAUAAAAUGGAAGAUCCAAAUAUUUUUGAUGGGAUAAAGGAAAGGAAACCAAGUCUUAGAUCAAAGAUGAGAAAAACGCUCGAGCUUGAAAAUGAUGAAGAGAAUAAUCGUGAUGGAAAACAGAACUUGAAUGAAAACAGGGAGAAUGUACAUGAUUGCGUAGAAAUUGAUGAGAAAAUCGGCAUUGCAGAGGAAAAUGAAGAACAUGUGAAUGAAAGUGAAAGAAAGAAAGCGAAAGUAAACAGCGUAAUUGCGGACAAGAAAAGGAAAACUAAUCUUAGAUCGAAGAAGAGAAAAUCAUCAGAGCUGGAAAUCGAUGAUGAUGGUAUCCAAGACGUGAAUGAAAACAAUGAGGAUGAAAAGGCAGAACAAGUAAACGAAACAAAAGUAAGCAUGUUAGAUGAAGUAAAGAAACGAAAAACUACUCUUAGAUCUAAGAAAAGAAAAUCACCAGUUCCUGAAAUUGACGUCGGUGAAAUUAUGGAUCUCAACGAGGAAGAUGUAAGAGUAGAGAAUGGAGAAACCAAUGAAAGUUUACGUGAAAUUAUUGAGAAGGAGAUAGACAACAAGAGGCAAUCAGGAAAGAACACGAAGUCGGCUAAAAGGAAGUCAGAUACUGUUGUAGUAAACUCUGCGCCAAGAAAAACAAAAUCCAGGAAAGGGAAGAAAAGAGAAGAGGCAGUUGAUGAUGAUCAGAUUAGCAAGAAUGUGGCGUUAAACGUGGAAGAUGAAGAUCCUGAAAUAAAACGUGUAGAAGAUGAUGAUGAAGAUAAAGCGAAUAAUGGAAAGAAAACAAACAAGAGAGGAAGAAGGCGUGUUGCAAAAGGAGAAAGCGAAAUUAAAAUAAUGAAUAAAAAUGAAGAUGGCAACGAGAAGAUGGGGAAUGCGACAGGAAGGGUGGAUGAUGAAGAUAAAGAGAAUUGUGAAAGAAAAAGUAAAAAGAAAGGAAGAAAACGAGAGCUUGCUGAGUCAGGAGAAAAUGUUCUGAAAGGGAAGGAGAAAGGAUCUGAAAAAGUAGGAUCCACCAGGAAGACGAUUGAAGACGAAAUCGAAGAUAAAAGGUAAGAUAAUUUCAUACUGUCUUAUUCGACGAGCAUGACCUCAACACUCCAAGCCAAGUUACUUACCUUCAUUCCUUCCCAAAAAAAAACACGCGUUACGACGUGGGUGUAAAGAACUUGGCUUGAGAGGGUUUAGUAUAUUUGACUAAGAGCCAGAAUUUUAGUACAGUCCAUGCCUCAGAAUUCAUUCUUCCAAGAAUAAAUCUACAGUCAACUUAAUGUUGUCUCCACAUAAUUUAUUACCAGGGAAGCGCCAGAGAAAAUGGAGAAGCAGGAAAAAACAACUAAGAAGAAACGAAGAACGUUAUACAGCAUUAGAGAGAAUACGACAUUCUUUAAUGCCACAAACUCCAUAUUCCAGGUGCAGUAUUUAUUAGUUGAGACCAGUGCUACCAUAAUUUUCAUCACCAGUCUACUAAUCUUUCUAAUAAUAUAAAUCUUCCACAUGUACCUUUGUCUCAAUUAAGCCCCUUCUCUGAUAACCCUCUUUCUAACUAGCCCUGUUUUGAUGAACCCCUAUUUACCCCCCUCUUUAUUAAACCCCUUCACACAUCCCCCAGAUCGAAAAACAUGUGUACUGAUUAAGUUUAUCAACUGGGCUGGAGAUUCACAUAUGAAAUCGUUAUUUCUGGAAAUAAACCCAGCCCCAAAAGACGAUUUAUUAUGAUACCAUGUUCUAUCUUUCUAGGAAACUCUUACAUUCAACCAAACACGGAGCAGCACUGCAAUGCCUCCCUCGUUGUCUUCGUUCAUGAAGGCAUUUAUUGUCCCAAAAUUGAAGAAAAAAUGAGACGUUUUGAGCUCCAUUGUAAAUUAUGUACAGUAAUACAUGCACAGGUAUGAGUUAUAUCUCGUGAGAAAAACUAUGACCUAAUUUUAAAAUGUAGAGCUUUUGUAAUUACUCAUUUAAAACGCUGUUAGGGGACGGACCAUUAUUUUUUGAGGAGAAUGAACAUUUAUGUAUAUUGUUUUUUCCAAACCAUUUUUCUUCUUCCUGCUUACAAAUUUUUUGUCCAGCUAAUAACAGCUUAAAAAGUUUGCAGACAAAGAUUUCUCAUCCUCGCCCCCGCCUUCAAAUUAUAAUGCCCCGUCCCUUAGGGCAUUUGAGGUGUUUAAUUGUAAACUGCACAAAAAAUAUACAGCAGUAACUGGUAUGAUAAGGCUCGAAGAUUAAGACAGUUACAUGCAAGUCGGAGAGAUUAUUUUUCUGCAAAACGAUUGGUAAACUUCAUGUAUGUCUUAUGGCUGACAUGGUUUAUUCGCUGUGGUACUUUUAUAGUCUUAAUUUUAACGCCACAGUAAUCCUUAUCAAUGUAAGUUUGAUGCAAACCAAAACGUCUACAGGUCAUCUCUUAUUUCCUAACUUGCAGUUAGAGCGGACAGUAAGAAUUUUAAACAGCGCAUAAAAGAACAUAUUAUUAACCGGCCUUGUGAAUAUGAUUCAAAUAUGUCAAAUAUUUUCUUGCCAUGUCUAUUCUCAAUAAUUUCUUUGUAUUGCUAAUGUAUAUUGUCCAGAUUUUCAAUAUGCUAUAUUUAAGUUCCAUGUUUCUUUGUACUCUUAUUAUAGUGUUGAUAAUAAUAUGUAUGAUAGGAGAAUAAUACGCUAUUCAAUUUGGAUACCUAGUCAUUAUCAUACCUCAUAAUCAUAUGUCAUAACCACAUAUUAUAUGUAUGCAGAUUGUGGCUUUUACGUCUAGACUGUUUCAGCAGGCAAUUAGAACAAUUACAUUACGCAUAGCUGGAUUUAGUAUUGUAAUUUACAGGAAUGUUCUUAUAGAGAAUUGCAAGCAUAGCAUAUUGUGAAUUCUUACUAUGACUGGAGAAAUAAUUAUUGGAUGGGCUUCGAUGCAUUGCAGCUGUAUAAAAGUAGAAUGGAUGAGCGUUUUCGUCUGUAACUGUGGCAAUUACUGGUGAUACGGCUUAGUUCUGCUUUUGCUAUUUUAAGCUGUUCUUUGCUCAGAAUAGAUACAGAAAUUGUGAAUGCUCUAUUAAUAAA